GGAUGUGGACUUUUUAUUGUCCUUUCUUCAGUCAUCGCUGCUAUAAGUGGACUGCUUGUUGGCUAUGAGCUGGGUAUUAUCUCCGGGGCCCUUCUUCAGCUACAUAGCCUAUUGCAUCUUAACUGUCAACAGCAAGAACUAGUAGUGAGUGCACUGUUGAUUGGAGCACUUUUAGCAUCACUGGUUGGAGGAUUCCUUAUAGACUAUUAUGGAAGGAGAAUAGCAGUCAUGGUUACGUCAUGUUUACUUGGACUUGCCAAUUUGCUGUUGAUCACCGUUGUAUCCUAUGAAAGCCUCAUUGCAGGACGCAUUCUCAUUGGCAUUUCCAUAUCUUUAUCUGCAAUUGCUACCUGUGUUUAUAUUGCAGAAAUUGCACCUCACCAUAGAAGAGGCAUGCUGGUGUCUCUAAAUGAACUAAUGAUUGUAGUUGGCAUACUGCUGGCCUACAUUUCAAAUUUUCUCUUUGCAACUGUUAGCAGUGGAUGGCAAUACAUGUUUGGACUCAUAAUUCCUUUGGCUGCAUUACAGGCAUUUGCUAUGUAUUUUCUCCCUCCGAGUCCUCGUUUUUUAAUCAUGAAGGGACAUGAUGAGGCUGCUGGCAAAGUUCUUCAGAAACUAAGAGGAACCUCACAGACCAAGGAAGAGCUUACAGCUAUCAAAUCCUCCAUAAAAGCAGAAUACCAGUACAGUUUUCAGGACUUAUUUUGCUCAAGGGACAACAUGAGAGCCCGUCUGUUAAUAGGCAUAGCUCUCAGCUUCUUUGUUCAAAUUACAGGGCAACCCAACAUCUUAUUUUAUGCUUCUACUGUACUAAAGUCAGUUGGCUACCAGAGUGAUGAAGCUGCUAGCCUAGCCUCAACAGGCAUUGGAGUUGUCAAAGUAGUCAGUACAAUCCCAGCAACAUUUUUUGUAGACAGAAUUGGAAGUAAGACUUUCCUCUGUAUUGGGUCUGUUGUCAUGGCAGCAUCAUUGGUUACAAUGGGAAUAAUAAGUCUUAACAUUGACAUUAAUUAUAAUAAUAUUUGUAAAACCAGCUCCUUUAUAAACCAGUCCUUUGAGGAUUCCUACAUUUACAACAUAGACAUAUUAACCAAAAACAAUGAGUCUCUACAGAAAGAAUUCAGUAAAUUAUCAAACAGAACAUCUUUACCUCAUUCUUCAGGAAAUGAGACUGGAAUGGACCAAUGGACUACUCAGACAGGACCCAAUGCCUCUGAAGAAGCUGUUGCGGCACAAGCACACGACGUACCAGUAUUCAUGAAGUGGUUGUAUUUAGGCAGCCUUCUCAUUUAUGUAGCUGCAUUUUCAAUAGGUUUAGGACCAAUGGCUUGGCUGGUGCAGAGUGAAAUCUUUCCUGCGGGUAUUAAAGGUCGGGCCUUUGCAAUAACUAGUAGCAUGAACUGGGGCAUGAAUCUCCUCAUAUCCUUGACCUUCCUUACACUCACUGAGACUAUUGGCUUGCCAUGGAUGAUCUUCAGCUAUGCUGUAAUGAGCGUAUUAUCUGUUGUAUUUGUUAUAAUGUUUGUUCCUAAUACAAAGGGACGGUCACUAGAAGAAAUAUCUAUGGAGCUGGCAAAUAAGUAA